AACAAAUACAAUUUUGCCACAAGUUGAUGAAGAUUUCAACUCUGGUGUGACGACCACACGGGUCGUUUUUCGCAUGAAAAUUUUCUUGUCAAUACCAAAAAAUCUGUAGCAAAAGAAGAAGUUGGAGUUGAAAACUACCGCUAGAUCGAUCUACGAUUCUUUCGUUGUGGGUUGACCCAAAGUUUUCACACAUUUUGCUGUUUUUGAAAUCGUUUUACGUAAAGAAAAUAAACCACACGAACGACGACACAACAUUUGAUUUCUUCAUGGCCACGAGACAACAUGACUAGCUUUUCUGAAUAAAAGCAACACGAAUUACAUUUCGUCAACGAGUUCGUCAACGAGAAGAUCAUCGCUUCUACUCCGGCGACAAAGAUUCGGCGAGGGAAGUUCUUUCUUCACACGCUUUGAAAACACGAAGAGUACUACUAUUUCUGACGGCCGGCGCCGGGGAAACAAACAACCGCAAUUCACUCCCUGGUGCACUUGAAGAACGACCAAACUCAUAUUGUACCAGAACGGCGGUUAUUUUUGCGAAAGGAAUCAUUGCUCAGCAUCUCGACCUCCAUAAUCAUAUGGUCUACAACUCUCUCAGCACUCUACAACGGAUAGAUUUUUUUAAAAUUUUCGCGGACUUCGGGUUGACUACUUCAACUUCUACUUCGUAGAUCGGACCGAUAUGCGGCCGAGGACGACAACGCUCGACAUUUCACCGACAACUACACCGAAUUGAGGCCGAGGAAGAAGUGGAAACGACUUUGAAAAGUUGAUUUGUCAAGCAGACGCUCGAAUUGGUACCGAUACGGAGGAGAACCGCCUAAAGGUACCAGCGGGGAGUGUUAAUCCAUCAACCCGUAGAAUCAACCGGACAAGAAAUCGAUCGCCGCGUCGCGCGCUACCACAGUCGGAAAUUUUGCUUGUAAAGCGGAAGAGAAAAUAAAGAGGAAGUGAAGGGGAAACAUAGGAGGUAAGUACCUUUGAUGCCUACGCAAAAUCCAAAGAAAAUGAGUUGUGUUUCUAGGCGUGCUGCAGCACGUGUAUCGUGCAAGGUGUGUCUGCUUUUGCUAGAGGUUUUGCUUUGGUAGAGUUUUGGAAGCAAGGUCAUCUGCUUCUCGUGUGUGCAAGUUCCGCAUGGCAGAGCUGAUGCGACCUUGGUAAGUACAAAUCGCGAAACUGAUCCUUGGAGGUGCUUCUAGUCCGCCAAACCCGGAAAGCGUUUGCUUGGGAUCUUGAAAAGUUGUUUCUGCGGCAGAAUCAGAGGAGAAUCACGGCACGGCAUUUAGGGGAAAAAUAGAAGGUAGGAUCAAAUACAAAUUCAUGUGUGAAAAUCAUUUUCAAUGUGGAAAAAAUGCUAUGGUCGAUGUUACGUUGAGCGUGGUCAUCAUCUAUCUAACGAGUGGGGGUGUGAAUUAUCUGUUAUGCCGUGAAUGAGAUGGUGCUCGUGAUAAAGCAUUUUACUCGUAUCACACCAGGUACUGUUUUGCCAAACGUUUCUUACUGGGUGCGAAACACGGUAGGGAAACACGACUUCCAACCGGCCAGGUGAUACACCAAAAGCAGCCAGCGGCAGCCGGAAAAGCAAAACUGCACUUCACCUGGGAAAAUCUGCCACCAUCGACACAUCGUGCAGAAAGAAGUCGGCGGAUUGUUGAAAAGCAGAAUCGACUGGACUAGGAUCGAAACAUACAGGUAAGAUUUUUCGUUUCCGAAAACGAAAUACGAGUAAGUAACUAUCCCGCAUCAUUGAUUCUUCUUCUUCUAUGUAACACCGGCGGUGAAGUAGUUGUACUAGAGACAAGCGGCAUGAUUUUUCGACGAGCUGCAGCUGGUGCAAGAAGUUGCUUCUAAAUGAAAGUGAAAGUGAUACAGUACCGAACGAACAGGAACACAUAAUCCCGCCAGGUCGACGAGGACGUCAACAGUCUCCGCUUUUGAAGAAAGUUGAGCCAGCUUUUUUUCGAAAACCGACCGAAAAAUGAACUCGAAUCAGCAUUACAACUACCCGGGUGAGCAAUUCGUCUCCCCUCCGACUCAGCAAGUAGUACCGGACCUGUACUUCGAUCCCAUGUCGACGAGUACUUACCAACACCAAGCAGGCGGGGGCUACGACAACAUGGGCGUCGGGAGCAACAUGGGUCCUGUGGGUCAGCAAGGCGGGGGGCAUCAACUGCAAUAUUCUUCUCCGAUGACCAUGCAGCCGCAGCAGCCGAUGAUGAUGCAACACCAGCAGCACCUCAUGCAGCAGCAGCAGCAGCAAAAUUCGGUGAACAUGAUGCAGCACCAACAGCACUUCCACCUGCAGCAGCAACAGCACCAGCAAAUGGCCGCGUCGCAGCAGCGCCAGCAAAUCAUCGAGCAGCAGCUUUUGCAGCAAAGGCAACAGCAGCAGCAAUUGCGGGUUCAGCAGCAGCAAAUGGCUCCGAACAACCUGAUGCAGCUGCAGCUAUCGCUUGCUAAUAAAUUCUGUAGACUUUAACUUUGGGAACUUGAAAUUGAAAAAAAGCGAGGGUUAUUGUUCAUACGCAGGUCUCGGUGAAGUUAUUGCCAUCUUUAAGUAGACGCUUGACUUCCCGUCAGUUCGCGUCAUCAAAAGUCUUCUUCUAGUAGCAAAGUCACUAGUAGUGCUGUAGGUUUCGUAUGAGCAGAAAGAAGGAGAAGUUUCUUUGGUUUCGUCCUCGUUUUUGUUUUCAUACAACCUUCCUCCGCGGCCCCCCCCUCCGCCACAGGGGAACUCUUGCUCUUACCCAAAUCUGCUUGUCAACAGCGAAUACCGUCGCGAGUACGUACACAUGUCGUCGUGCGGCAGCGUCGAAGUGCAGCUGCUAUGAAAUUGCGACGCUCGUCUGGUGCGGCCUCCGCGCACUACAAAUGCUUGUAGACGUUGUGAAGUAAUAAACGUCAUGAAAAAAAAAUUCGAGUUUGUUCCAAUGUUGCUGGGUUUACAAUUCUGCAGGAGCGGCAGCGGCUUUGAGCUUCGAUAUAGGCUUAUGUGAAACCGGUAUCCUGGGCGUGUUGUUCGCGUUGCUCUUGCUCCUGCCUCGUUCCAUGCAAACAAGAAUCAUCUCCGAUACGACCACAUCACUAAAUCAAAUUUGCAGCAAAAUAUUCAAGAGAUAUGCUAUCUUAAAGUCUACAGAAUUUUGCCAUUUCAUAACCGGGAACAGACGGGUCCAUCCAGUAUCGGAGAAAAUACGGAAAGGAAAUCGUGCUGUAAUUGUAGCAUUUCUACGUACUGCUUGGAGCUGACGUCUUCCUACAAAGCAAGGUAGAUCUCUAGCUGCGUGGCAAUGGCAUGCAAGAGAUGGAUGAGAACUGUUGGCAUCAAGACUGAGGCAACGAUGUGCAUUUAUUUUGCAAGUAUUGCAGCUACAGGAAUAGCGCUUGUUUCUGCACUUCCAUACGGAGACUGUAGACGAGAACAUGAGGCUGCACUACACGAGUCUGCCGGCACCCGCACAACCCCGGGCGCCCGUCAAUAACCAGUACCAUCAAAUUUCUCCCCCAUCCAAUGCGUCGUUUACCAAUACAACCGUUAGGGCGGGUAAUGGCACGACCGGCAACAGCAACUAUCGGGACACGACGACCACCGGAUAUAGUAAUCACAUGCGGAGCGGCUCACAUAGUACGAGCAAUGGCAGCGGAGUUAAUAGCCGGGUGCCCCCUCCGGUGCCCGGGCAGCAGCAGUAUAGCGGGCAACGCUACAACUACAACACGAAGAAUAUGUCGAGCAACACGAGCACCGCCGUCGGCCCGCCGAACAGCUCCAAUUCCACGGUUGCCUAUUCCCCACCGACGCCGGGAAACAGAACGGUAGGUAUCGGUCGAGCGAGUAAAUCUACUUCGGAACAACAGCAGCAGAGCGGAACAACAAGAGGUGCUGUAGUUCCGAAGCGACAAACAGCUGGGCUGAUGAGCCAACGGGAUCUAGACCUGAAGCAGCAGAAGCAGAAAACCCUGGCACUCAACAAAUACAAAAACGAACCCGGGGCGGGAGACCAGGAGCAGCCGGACGACCAGCAGCAGAAUAAGAAACAAGAAGGAAAAAUAAACGUAAGCACAGCGGAGCAGGUCCACCUCGACGCAACCAGUAACGAGGCCGCAAGAUCUUCCCGCGACGUGGGACAUCAAGAACGAGAAGAGGACAUCAAGCGCGAUAGUCCUGAUGAAGGAGAUGAAGAACAGAAAUUGGUGGAAGCCGUGGAAGAGCGGUCCUGCGCGUCCCCUGACCAGAGGGGGACCACCACGAUGGGUUCUGUACUUCGUGGAAACAAGGAUGAGUUCGAUUCUGCUGGGUCCUCUCAUUGUUCUCAGCACGAUUCGCUGGAGCAGUUCGUGUCACCCAACCAAGAUGAAGCCGACAGUUGUAACAGUUUGCACAGCAGCCCGGGGGGCGGCGGUGGCAAGACCCCGCACGAACCCAUCAGCACCACCGUGCAGCAGGUGGUGAAGCGCAUGCCACAGGAGCCGAAAGUGUUUAGUAGCUCCUCGUCCGCGAUGAACAAUUCUUUAUCUUUAGAAAAAGAUAAAGAUGCGGCUACGUCGUCGGAGAAGCUUGUGGUCACUUCUACUUCUUCUACAAUCGGGAACAAGAAGAUUCUGGCAACGCAGGAUGAAUCAGGAUGCUCAGGAGGUUGUGGCACUUCCACUGGUGCGGAUAUUAUGAACAUGUUGGCGAUCAACGACUCUGGUGUUUCGUCCGGUGCUUCGUUACUAGAUGAUUGUCUUCCUGACAGCAAUAAAAACGCUGUGGCUGAUGUCGCUGCUUCCGCUAAAGGAGACAUCGAGCAGGACGGUUCGCCCGCCGAUAAGUGCGCGACUUCAAUGAAAACGGCGCCAGGAAGUACAAAUAACUGCAACAGUAAAAGUACAACCACGACUCCAGCAGCGGCUGCAGCGGAUCUGUUUCCCGGAACCCGGACAAAGGCGGAGCUGUGCGCGCUGCAGGAACGGCUCGAGGGGGUCGUGGAGUCGGUGCACGGGGGGAAAAAUGAGUCGUCUGGUUCCACGGAGUACGCGGUGCUGAUUGCGCCGAAGGACUUUCUUGGCAGCGUGCUGUUGCACUGGUCGGACGUGAUGCGGCGGAGCGGCAUUGAUAAGUUCCAAAUGGGGCAGAAGUUUAGCUUCAAAUUAGCCGAGGCAGAGGUGGAGAUCGUACAACUGCAGAGUAGUAGUGCCAGUGCGGAUUUUUCUUUUUCUACUCCGACGACUGGUAUUUUUGGUGAACAGCAGGAACUACAAACAACAACUACGAAGAUUCUCUACUUCAAGGCGGUAAGUGCGGAGUUUCAGCAAGGGACGAGCCCGUUGGAGAUGCUGGCUCUGGCCACGUUGCGCCAGCAGCAGAAAGACGUCAGCGGGCUAAUUCCGCCCAAGGAAGAGGCGGCGCUGCCGCUCGAGGAAGCUUUCCGCAUUCGGGAGCGGCUCCGUGGCGAAGUGGUGGAGGCAAUGUACUGGCACCAUGGGGAAAUCCGGGAGGGAAAGUAUUGUGCGGAAAAAUCCCUCCUCCCCAUAUCAAAAUGCAGCUUUGUCUUUCAGUGGCGGAAUGCAGGAAGUAGAUACAAAGCCUGGGCAGGGAAAAUGUUCUGCGGUCGCCACUUAGCUGCAUGCCAGACGUCUGCCGCCCUGUGGGUCUAGCAGAGUCACAAUCUGCCUGCGUACUUACCAUAAUGCGGCGGACAUUCUAGAUUUGCCUUCUACUUGCAAGACAGCCGCCAUGAUCUUCUGCGGCCACAAAUCAGCUCUGCAAAUUUUCAGAAGGAUCAUGCCUUGUCGAUGUGGAGAGGGGGGAUUCAUUUUUCCUUACCAUAUAAAGUACGGAAAAGUCGCACUACUGCGGUCGAAGAACCUGCUUUGCGACCACGGGAUUUUACUCGCGGAUGUGGACCACCGGGUCCACUUCUGGGGCGACAACCAUGCGAAAAGGUUCGCAAAGGGCCAGUGCUGGGAGUUCGAGCUGGCGCGCAAUCCGAAAUCCCGGGGCAACGACUCGAAGAAGGAAUUUGUGGCGGUGGCGGCGGUGUACGGGAUUGGGAUUAGUAGUGGUAUAUCGUAGGGAAAAAUCCCCCCUCCACCCCAUACUGAAAAGGCAUGCUGCUAAAAAUUUGUGAUGCUGAUUUGUGACCACAAAUCGCUCUUGCAAGGGGGCAAAUGCAAAGAGUCCGCCGCUUUAUGCCGGCGAUUUGUAAUCCUGUUAUGCCUACAUCGAAUGUCUCUGCUAUGCUAAGCACCUACACAGAAACAGCCCUACGCAGACUGAGGCUUUGCCUGCAGUGCCUCGUUGCAAGACAGGGCUGAUUUGUGUACACAAAUCCAGCAGCAGAAAUUUACGUUUCAAUAUGGGGAGGGGGGAUUUUUCAUUUUGAUAUGGUAGCGGUACCACUACAACUUUUUCGACCACUGCUCACAGUUCAUCGGGGACCAAUACAACAUCAAAAAGCCGCGGUCCUCUGCCGACGGCGAGCAGCUCCCGCACUGCACGCGUUUUGAGCAGCGACGACUGGCGUGCGAGCGCAGAAAAGCAGCAGUCGGGCCGCGGCUACCUCGACAAGAAGCUGCCCAGCGGAGGCGAAAACAGGUACGUGCAUCCAAACGCCCGGACGGGUGGUGGUACCGGUAGCGUGUCGGGGAUGAAUUAUGCUCCUGACGGCAAUAAUUUUAGUAAUUACAACAGCUCGACCCCGACUCCUGAUGACAAAAACUACCACAACAAUAUAAACGCGAACAGCAACAAUAAUUUCAGCAACCGGGGAGACAAGAUUGACUACACGCAGAACAACAGGAUCGACUACACGCAGAAGCAGAACAAUUACAAGGGCAGCGGUGCAUCGUCGUCGGGGGCGGCAGACAACAGCUACGGGGGAAGUAGCAACGUGAAUACUAAAACGUGGACGUCUGCCUCGUCGAGCAACUACAACAAUGACAAUUAUGGCGAGAACGACCGUAAUUAUUCUAGUGGAGGUUAUUAUAGCCAACAAGGAAAUGAUAAUAACAACUACUACAACCGAAAUAACAACAAAGACGCAUCAAAUGGUGCGUCGUCGUCUGCUGGAGACAACGACGACAACUCUGGCAGCAGCUCUUGGUACGACCACGACGGGAGCUACGCCGGACAGGGCCGUGGGCAGGGGGGGCAACAGCACGAUGAGUACAAGUACGGCAGCACGUCAUCAUCUGGAUGGAAGCAUGAUGACCAAAAUUACCACAACAAAAAUAGCAGCAACACGACGAAUAACAGCGAAGAUAAGGACGGUUCGUCGUGGUACGUGCGACCAGAUGGAGAGUGUGGUGGCGGGACGAAACAAGCGAAAGCGGGUACUCACAAGAAGUCCUCGGGCACCACGUCCAAAAGCGGGUAUCAUGAUGUUGCCAACAAGAAUAACUACAAGGGAACAUCAAAAGGCAAAAAGUCAAGUGGAUAUCCUCAUGGCAAGGGACAUAAUGAUGACAACUACAGCAGCUCCUACAAAAACGAAAGCGCUGGCUACAACAACGACUCCGGCUGGAAAAAUGGCGGGAGCUUCGAUAGCGAUUAUUACAACAAGAAAGAUCAUUUUUCCUACGACAGGGACCAGGAAAACAACGCAGACACGGAACACGGAAGUGGUACUUCAUCAUACCACAACUACAAGACAAACAGCAAGACUGAGUACAAUUCUAGCUACAACAAUAACUACCGAGGGACAUCAUCCGCUUCUGACAGCUACUAUAAUUACAACUGCACGAAAGAUGAAGCGAAAAACGAAGCUGGUGAAGACUACAACUACACCAGCAAAUCGGCCGCAUUUGAAGAAGAUCGUGGGACUUCUUCUGCUGCGCACCAGCAAACUUCCGCAGAAAGAGCUGUUGACGUGGUGAAGCCGUCGCAGGAAGAAAAACAAGUGCACGCGGAGGUGGAACUACAGCCUUCGAAAGCCACUACCGCCACGGAGGCCGCAGUGAAUGCGAAUGGGCAAGGGCCUGGAGGAUCAAAGGAGUCGGCUUUUUCAAACGCGUCGUCCGCUUUGGUGGACUGCGAAGCGCGAAAUGGAAAAAGGUCUGGCGCCAUCGAGGUAGAAAAAGAUUCGGAUGAGACGAAUAUCGCACAAAAAUCCGAGGGGCAACUCUUUGACAAUGAAUCGGACUUCUUGAUGAAAAUGACCGACGAGACACUGGAUGUGGGGCAGAAGGUAACUCAAGAGUUUAAAUCGUUUUCAUUUUUCUGGGUAGGUUUGGUCAGCACAUGGAUUAUAUGAUAGAUCACAAUCGGGAUCAGUGUAGUAGUGCAAUCUUAGUGAAUCUACUCAAUGUGUAUCGUUGUUUAUGCGCAUGAGUUUUGUGAUACGUCAACACGAAAGUGAAUGAGUUCUCCUUGCAAAGAACCCGAUAAAAAAUAUUUAUCAAAAAUCCUUCCAGAUCCCAGCUCCCCAGCAUGACCUUCUGGAGAGCGAUGCGCAGCAAGAUGCUCUAAACGCGCGACUGAAAAAGGACGACGAAGUUCUAGAUCCUCAAAUGGAAAUCGAGGUCUGCUCUGCUGUCCAGCGCGACAAAUUCGGGUGGGCGGUGCACAAGUCGCGCAUUGCCAACGACGAGAUUUCUUCCUACAGCAGCGACGAAUUAUCCGAGUGCCGCGCCGAGGCGGACCGAGAAGGGGAGGAGCAGGAGGAGGGUAAAAACGAGGAUCUUGGUGCAGCCGCGUCAUCUACUGCAAAUGCAGAUGUUGCUGCUGGAAGUCGUGAAAAUAUGAAACCUGGCGAAAGUUCUUGUAGUGAAGCAGUAAAGGACGAAGAGGCCGCAGCAAAAGAACUACCCUCUGGGUCUGGACCAACUACGGAGGAGCAGGGACAAGAGGUGGAUCUUCUGGGUGCUGCGACACCUCCAGGGCGGGGUGAACAAGAUUGUUCUCGUGGAGCUGAAAUCUCGCAAGGAGCACAAGAAGGAGCACAAGUACAACAAGAAGGCCCCUCUUCGAUUUUAGCAGCAACGAAAAACAUUGAGCAAGUAACCGAGGUUGUUGAGAACACGGUGGUCUACGCCACCGAGGAGGAUAUCAUGUCACUGUUGAUGGGAGGUGGACCACCCCCGCGAGGACGAGGAGCAUCUCCUUCGCCUGCACAUAAUCAGGAGCCGAAAGGAAAGGAACCACCACCGGUGCCGAGCGACGGUGGGGCUGACAGCUGCUACGAUUUGCAAAACUUGAUCGAUUUGGAAAUGUGUGGCCGCGGGGCUGCAGAUCAUGACGGGAGGGAACUACAGCAACAGCUAAAAAGUACGCCGGUUGAGCUGCCAACGAAGAAUAUUGUUAGCACCAGCACUCCUGCUGCAUUAGGAGCUCCCCCUAUCCGAGAAAUCGACGACAUUCUGAAAGACGAAAGUGAUGAGGAUGAUGAGGAUGUUGCGAAGAUUAUAGACCAGCACCACGGACGGGUCGGUGCUGACGCCGGAUUGGUGGCGUCGCAGAAAAAAAAUGGACAUCAACACGAUGAAAGGCUUGAAGAUCUUCCACCUGCUCCUGUUGACGGAGCUAUUGAAGAGAACGACAAGGACGACGACAAUCUCUCCGACAUCUCCGAUAUGAACCUAGCGGUCACGUCGACUCCGGGGAGAGCAGCCGGGGCAGCGACUACUAUUACAAUUGCCGCUCAACAGCUACAGGAGCAGGAACAGCUGGCGGGGCUCCAGGCGAAGAGCGUGGACCUGAUCGAUUUAAGUUUGUUUGCAAAGGACGAGGAGGUCGUGAACAACGGCAAUGAGGUACAAAAACGAGAACCCAGUGACGUGAGUCUGACCUCGGCGGAGCGGAAAAUGAGCAAAUUCUUUGACUUGGACGACAUUGACGACAUUGACGACGACGAUAUUCCGAAAAAACAAGAGAAAAAAGAAAAACAAAAAUCAGCGUCUAGUACUUCUAGGGAAGAGGUCCUCAACUCCUCCAAAGAGGUUGCAGCACGAGGAGGAUUGCCCACGUCAGUUCAUCCUUCUCGUCCGCCUCCUACUGCUUCGGGCGGUCCUACAACUUUUGGUGAGAACUACAAGACGAACUGCACUGAGGAGCGAAAUAAAGAGUUCGAUGCCGCUUCUGCGCCGAAGGUUUCCGAAAAUAUACCUGCUGUUUCCGACGAAAGAAUCAAGGACGUCGCGACCACCAGAGAGGGGGAUGUUCCGGUCAUCCUGAAGCCCGAGCAAGACCACUCUUGUUCGGAUCUAAUGAACACGAUGAUGCAACUGUUGGACCGGGCGGGGAAUUCCAACGGGAAGCUCUCCAUGAAGGAAUGGCAAAGUUUAUCACACGACAAAGUGUUAAACGUUAACGGAAUUUAGUAUCCAGGCAUGCACGAGAACUGAUGCCCAAAUUUGUAUUUCCUAGCAUGCAUGAUAGCGAAAAUCUGUCAUGCGUGAGUGCAAUGCCCCAAAACCGUUAACGUUAACACUUUUUUGCUUGACAAAGUUCGCUGCUGCAGACCAAGGGGAAGAACUCUCUGUUCAGUGGCGUGGCGGUACGCACUGCAAAUAAGUAUGUCCUCUGGGUCCUCUGGAAAGGUGCAGGGUUUGUCAUGCUCUGCUAGCAUGAGCAAGUUACUAGUACCCAAGACCUUUUGUUCUGUCAUGCAACGCUACAGUAUCAAUCUCCAAAACGUUAACGUGUCAUGCACUUGACAGCCAAAAAUUGUUGAGGCGUGCUCGUCUUUCUCCAACCAGCAUCACAAGUUUCCAGACUCGGACGACAUAUUUGUAUCGCAUAGGCGGACCUGGAUGACGACUGGAUGAGCGCCAUGGGCGGGAUCUCCGCGAAGCUACAACCAGAGAAAAAGACGAAGAAGAAAAUAGGUACAGCUGCAGAGGACGUCGGGCACCAAGAAACUAGAAAUAAAAAAUCGCCCACGUCUGGUCCUUCUUCAUCUACUCCGCAGCGCGGCCCGAACAGCGAGGUGGACGAGGAUCCGCCAACGCCAGCCACGGUGAUCGUCCACAGCACACGAAGAUCCUUCUCACCGGAUGUUGAUGAGCAGCAACGCAAAAGAAAAAUGGUUCCUAGUCCUCGGGCCUCGUGCGUCAGCGACAAUAUGGAGAACCCGAUCGGCGCUGAGGGGAAAGCGAAAGCCAAUUCGGUCGCUGGUGCCGGGGGCUCCUGCGCCGAUAGAACAAAUCAUGGCACCACUGCAACAGCAGCACCAGCAGCUGCUUCUAAGACGGGUAGUACUUCUUGUUCUUCUAGCAAAAUGAUAACCGCCACGACAACGACUACAACAACUUCUAGGGCCAAAAAUAUUAAACCCGGCGUGCUGCUGCCAACGCAGGAGGAGGAGGAGGAAGAGUUUGUCGUCGAGAAAGAGGACCACGAGGCGCAGGACAACUGCUCCGCGAGCGGCGAAAAAUUCAACGAAGACUACAGUCGCAAUUCGUCCUGGAAUAAGAACUCCAGCAACAAGUCGUAUGACUCGAGCAAGUGGGACAGGGACGAGCAGCAGCCAGAUUGGAAAAAGAAGGACAACAAGGCGUCUUCUUCUUGGGGAACGAACAAAAAUAAGAAAUCCCCUUGGGGCGCCGGGACAGGAUCGUGGAGUGCGGACGACCACAGAGAUGUUGAAAAAGAGGACCACAACGACAAGAACUGGGGCACAGGAUCGUGGACGAAAAACAGCAACCAUGACUACACCAACUCGGGAACAAAUAUGAAAUCCUCGUCUUCCAGUUCCACCACGACCUGGGGCGAGGGCGGUAACAGCAAUAAGUGGGGCAACGGCCACGGCUCCUGGUCGUCCAACAAAUGGGAGAGUAGCAAGAAGAAAGGCGGAAACAACUACAACAAUUCCUGGUCGUCAUCUUCAAAGUCAUCAGAUUGGAACAAGGACUACGACGAAGAUAAAUGGGUUUCCUGGGACAAAAACCAAGAAGAUAAUGAUCAUUCAGCCUGGCGCGACGACAAAAAUCGGUCCUCCCUGGUCAUUAAAAAUGAGCAGGGCCGCGACGAGGGAGAUCAACUGUGCAGCAGUUUGUCCGACAACCCCGAGCAGGACGAGAGGACUUCUACGUGCGCCAACAACGAGAACAACUACAGGCCCAAUAAACGCAGCAAAAACCACGAGUCCAAGUACAUGCCGCAGGAGAAUCCGAUUGGUGUGAAGCGCAGCACGGGGGAGCGAAGAAACCUAGGGCAGUUUGCGGUCGAGUACGAAGAGGGCAACCGGUUGAAUUUCGAUUUCAAAAACCGGAACCCCUACUUUUUUUACACACAAGCUGCAGACGAGCAACGCUUCCCCUGUGGGGUAGUCGAAGGAACGGGGCCCAUCAUUACCCAGCUGUACCACAACAUCGCGAAUUCUGUGGAGUGGAAUCAGAAUGAGAAGGGCGACGAGGAGGAGGAGCAGCUGAUGGUGGAGGAGGAAUCGGAUGCAGGGUCGGACUCGGAUGACGGCGAUGUUGAUUCACAAAUGUCGGGGCUGACCACGAUGACCGGCGAAAAUUUCACCGUCGACCGCAACCUUCCUGUGAACGCCCAGCUCAAGUUGUUCGAUUUCUGGAUGAAUGAAAAUUUUUCUGCGGACGGUAGUGCCAUACUCUCGCACCAGAGCUGUACGCACUGGAAGAGUGUGUUAGCGAGGAAAUGGACAGAGGCUCGGCUCUGGGAAGCCCCGCAGAGCGAGAGCGACUACGGCCUCGUCCGGCAGCUGCUACAAGCAAGGCGAGAGUACAUGGACUACCUCGAUCAACCGCAUGUCCAGCAAUCCCACAAGGUCCUCAAGCCCAUGUUGUAUGCGGAUAUUCUACGUUGGAUAGUCACGGUGCUGACACUCGAGGAGGAAAAGGAAGAAGGACGGUAUUUGAAAGAACAGGGGCGACAGCUUCAAAAGUACCGCCAGGAAAAGGACCGAAUCCAGAGGCAACUGCGGGAGAAGCAGGAGAAAGAACGGAUCGAGUUAGAGGAGCGAAUGCAGAGGGAAGAGGAAGAAAUUAAGCAAAAGCGGAAGGACGAGACGGAGCGGAGGGAGAAAAAGAAAGCGCUGGAGCGGGAGAUGAAUGCGUCCGUUGGAAUCCCACUGACUCAAGCAUCGCUGGACACUGCACCCAUCAGCAGCUCUGCACCGCGCAGUCGCCGACCCAAAGCCCCUGGUCCCGCCGCAGGAGGGGAGGACGCGUUGAACCGGUCUCAAGACAGUGCCUACCAAUACCAGUUUCAGUAGAAGGUGCCCGCCUCCAAUUCCAUCGACAGAAAGGAAUAAAACGAAACUACUUAAUAUUGGCGUGUGUGUGAACGUCGACGUCGUGAAUCAGAAUCUUCAUCACCUACCGACUGCCUAUUUUAUGUGUGCUCGAGGACAAGAGAGUACGUUUUCUGCACAUGGUCUUCAAGGUUAAUAGCUACACUUUGCUAGAAGUAGUUGUACGUGCGACUAUGUGGUUGCUAGGUAGAACGAAGUGGCUCUCCUGUGCUGAGCAGAUCUUCGUGUAUUCAGUUUUGGACAUCAUGAAUUCUGUUGCUGCUAAGUGCUGGAUCGCAUACUCACAGGAAGAUUGAUAGAGUUUUUCUUUUCACAUUCACAUCUGUGGAAGGGGCAGAAAAUACCUAAAUCAAUAUUACGAGGCACAGUGAUUUUUACCAUUUUACGGCCGACGCGGAGAGCGCGUGGCUGUCGCCGUCGCGGCGGCCGUCGCCAUCGUGGCGGAGCGUGUUGGGGAAAACGAAAAACCCAACCUCUAAGCAAGUGCGACGAGUGAAAGGCUUUUCACAUCAUUCACUUUGUUUUGGUGUGGACGACCACGCCAGUAGCAAAAAUCUUCUGGUCUCUACUUGUGACUGUCGCAUACUUAGUAGAAGACAGCCGCCUCAUCUUCCGGUCAAUCACUACUACUUUGCUGACCUUAGUACUUUUUGAAUCAAAAGUGGGUGUAUUUAUUUGUAUAGCAAUGGCAUUCACUGUCACGACUUAUGACUCUUACGGACGAUUUUCGCCGGCACGGCCACGAUGUCGUGCUGCCCGUCCAUUGAUAAAUAACAUAAGUACCGCAUUUUUCAGAUUAUUUUCAUAGAACGCUAGAAAAAUGAACCUUUGUCGCGAUCGACGCUUCAUCCAUGAAGUAAGUCGACAGCUAGUUGCUCUUGCUUUUCGAUUAAGAUUGUAGGUAAGUCGUGCUGGAUCACUACAUUCCACCUUGGAAUGUGACAAGUACUAGUCAGAAUUCAUUCAUUCGGUUUUUUCGAUUAUGCGGCAGAGAGGCUUCGGGUUGAUCUUGAUGUCGCUCUGCGCGAGGAAUUGCUGGAGCGGGAUACAAGAACACCCCCCUGUGUCCUCCGACUCCUGAGACCAGCCCUGAAUUAGUUAUUAUAGCACAGAGGAUCUCGUCGGCAUCAACAAUUGGAAUUGCUUGGUGGCGCCAUCGGCAAGAAAUUGUGCGUGUCCACCUCUGGUUGCAGCUAUGUAGUCGACUGCGAGUGUAUUAGAAUGCACAACGUCCCCCCUCAUUUGAAGGGCCGGCGCAGCAACAGAAGCAACGGUCGGGGUGGCGGUCAGCCGCGGUAAGCCGUAGCCUAGCGCGCCUGCAACGGAAGACGCUUAUUUUUUCGCAAUUUCCGUGCAAAGAGCAAAUGUCCUCGGACGUCGCUGGUCAAUUUGUCAAAAUUCGAUGAACAGUGUCAUUUUUCACCACGCACAGUAGUACUUAUUGGAAUUUUCGGAAUUCUCCACAUCCAGUCUGGAAUUUGUUUCUGCG